AUGUCGAAGCAGACCGACCACGAGAAGAUCACACUCCAGUGCUCGCUCAAGGCCACUGGGAAGCUGUUCCCAAAGAUCGACAGAACAAGGCUGACGGACGAGAAGGUGGUCACCAAGUUCAAGCAGAUCCUCGAUGCGACAGUGAUCCCCGACUGGUGCACCAGCCUAGACCAGCGCGCUUAUUUUUGCGCGCUCAGCAUCGUGGAGGCAGCCGCUGCGGCACUGCCCAAAAGCCAGCGCAAGAAGAUGCAGGAGUACAUCUCCGAACAGACCUUCGCUUUCAUCACCGGCCGACGUCGACUCGCCAAGCCAUUGCGGAAAGCAGCGCAGCGCGGGCGACAUCGCCGCUUAGUUACCCGAAGGAUCUCUAGGGAGAGAGCCUACUCCAUCGAACGCCCGACCAUAAGCUUACCGACAAAGUGCCUCGACCAGCACUACCGCGGAUUUCUACGACUCGCUGCGGAAGCUCAGCGCGCGAACGACAGCAACGACUACAAAGGCUUCUUCGACGCUGCGCGAGACUGGUACAACGACACUCGGAACGCAUCAUCACGACUGGUCGACGACGACUACGACGUGUUCCUCAACCAGCAAGCGACGCGCGCAGCAGAGGCGAG